AAACGCAUAGUUUAUUCUCCUGUAACGCGCAAUUUACUGUAAUACUCUACACCAACGUUACCACGAAGCUCUCUAAAAGUCUCCGUAUUAAUGUUCUCAAUAACGAAUAUUCAAUACACACGCUCUAGAACAUGUUGGAGUUGUCAUUCUUCUUUUUUCAUGACAUUCACACUGAGUAUUUUCGCUACAUUACGUUCUCUGCUGGCAUGACCGGUGAAAAUGACAACUUGGUUGAAUGAAGAAAAAUACUUUGGUGAUAAGAAUAAAAGACAAAAACAACUAUUGUUUGUUGCAGUAAACACGUAAAUAACUUUGUAGAAUUGUGUUCUAAAAUGCGAAAAUGUCAAGUGGAGGACAACAAAAAUAAAUAUACGUAUUGCUAUUGCGAUGUGUUAGGAAAGUGUGUAGUAUAGGUACCGAACAACUAAAUAGCGAAAAUUGUGAGCGAGGUUUCACAAGCGCAGUCAUCUAGUCAUAUUGGGCAACGGAUAAAUGAACAAGUAUGAAAAUAUAUAGCACAUCCAAAAAUCUAUACUGAAGUGCAAGCGGAAAUAACGUCAUUACGAAACCUUAUUAUUUUCCUUUAAUCGACCCGAAAUAUGUAUCAUGAUGUUGUGCAGUGCUAAGACGAUUUAAAAUAAUAUAAUUAUCUCUCAUAAAAUAGUUCCUUAAAUAAAAUAACUUUGCCAACAAAAGUGCUGUACCAGGUAUUUAAAGUACAACUAAAUAUUAUUCUUCCUUAAAUCCUCGUAAAGUCACAACAUGCUUACCUUGUACUAUGCGACUGCUACAUUUAUGCAGUCUUGGCGCAUGAAGAACGUCUGUGCUAAGAUAGGCCAGCAAUUGGCUCUAAACACGACCAUAUCUUUUUAUACCUUGCCAACAGGAAGUGAUGAUGGAUUCGAUCCCACAUUGGCCGCGUCGGACUUAUGCCAGAACCGUAAUGCUGCCCGUGUUUCGGAAAUACUUUGGCUUAGUGGCGUACAUCGCGGUUGUUGUUUAUCACCUGUACAGGUAGUUCAACUAAUGCCUUGGAUAUCUUUUGAUGAAAACCCAGCGACUGUAGAAAACAAGUUGCUGCCUUUUGCGCAUUCGUCAACCCAAUUGGCGGAAUCAGAGCAUUUUGCUACUUUGAAGAAAGAUAAAAUUUUGCAUCUUCUAUUGGAAGCUGGUGUACAUCCAAGUUAUGAUAACCACGAUUACACGGAUUAUGUGCGGAUUGAAAACUUUGGUAAGCUAAUAGCAUGGAAAGUUGACUCACAUCUUGCUGUGCUAAUUGAGACUGAUGUUGAACACUUUACCAAAUUGUUGUUGUCCACAUAUUUACAAAAUAAUUUUCUCAUAAACGAUCAACUACAAUUACUGAGGAUUGAGUCUAUUAAAUACGAGGGCAAGCCACAGCCUUUAAAUCUACUGGCCAGCCACAUGCGGAAACCUGUUCGUCAUAACGAAAAGCGUUUAAGCGAUGAAGAGUGGCUACGGCAUUUGGAACACUUACGAGCAUUGAGCGUAUUGGCACAUCAAGCUACUGAAUUCGAGUGCCAGAAAGUACGUGUUGAGGGUAAAACAGUUGGCAGUGCUGUGAUAAAGCCAGAUCUUAUUCCUUCCGAGCAAAAAGCAGCUGGUUUUCAAGAAGAGACGAAGCCUAAUAGCUCAGGAGAAGUUGACGUAGCAGAUGGUGUAACUACUGAAAAGUCUUCAACCACAUCACCCAGUGCUAAAACAGCUUCAACUGCAACACCUAGUAAAUCCACCAUGGUGACAAAAGUGCCUAUUGAACCCACAACUAAUGUCAAAACAAUUUCGCCAUUGAGCAAAAUGCGUGCUAAGCCAACUGAAAUCAAAAAGCCGGUUUCGGCAACCCCAAAUUCCGGUGGUAACUCAGCUGAGAGCCGAUUCAAAACUACAAAGGUUUCAGAGUCUUCCACCAGUACAACAAAACCUGAACUAUUAAACGAAAAGUCUGCAGUAAAAUCAACCGGUAUCCUACCGCUACUUCCACCCGAUCCACCAAUCACUAUUUCCGCAGCUGCUGCAAUUAUAACAACAACCACAUCCCGAGCUAAAAUACCAUCUACCACUGUUGCGAGCAAAUCAAAUGAUCAAAACAAGGUGGUCACACAAAUUGCCUCAACAUCUUCGGCACAAAACCAAAAGUCGCAGCCCCCAGAAAUCACUGCAGAGGCUAAACCUCGAGAAAGCACAUCUGGCAAUGCUGGUUCAAAGCGGCCCAGCUUAAAAAGAACUAAAAAUGCUCUUCCAUGUAAACCAACUAAUGUAUUUGUAUAUUCUGAAAGUGCGAGUUCUCGUGAGGGCGCGCUCAACACACUUAAAAACAUUUUAGAUAGAGAAAGAUACACAAUUUAUGCAAUGACCCUGCAACAGUUAACACAAAAAUAUUGGAUGGAAAAUACCGGGCUUUUGGUGGUUUGUGGCAAUGUGCCAACAAAUAUUGGUACGAUACUUGUGGAUUAUUUUUUGUGUGGAGGCAAAGUGCUGUCGCUAUGUUCGGAUAUUUUAAAUAUUGUUCUGCCCAACUAUCGAACCGCUGAGGUGCGAGAAAACGAACUGGUGCAAUUCUCAUACGAUAAAUGGCAAAAAAUAAAAAUGAUGCAUCACAUAUUUUGCUAUCAGCCUUCGCCAGUUAAGAAAAACUUUUCCACGGAUAGCGAUGACGCUACACAGUCUACAACCAGGAAACCGUCUGUCGAACUCCAGGAUCUUCACGGCGAAAUGCACAAUCUGGACGUGAAAGUGCUCGGUACUGAGGAAACAUGGAACACACCCAGCUUGCUGUUGGCGAACAGUGUGAAAAGUGGCGGAUGUGCGGUUUUCUCCCAGGUACAUUUGGAAACGAGCCCUUCGCAGUUCGAAAUGGAUGAAUCAAAAUAUAAUAUCUUGAAACAGAACGAAAAUGUUCGUUUGGAAAUUUUAGCUGAUCUGUUGAGAAAGCAUUUGGAUGUAAGCGUACAACAAAUCCAAUCCGAUAAAGAUGGCAAAUGUACUUAUCAAGAAGCGUAUUUUCUUGGCAGGCACGAAUCAAAAUUCGAAUUAUUGGAGAAAAUUAAAAAGUCCGGAGCCAACAGCAACAUUAUAACUACACCCAAGUUGACCAUGCAGUUCUGCGACAAAGGCGAUAAGCCCAAAAGUGCUGAUACAAAUGUGCUUCCAAUACUUAUACAUUCCUGUCCGGAUGAUUUUUCAACAGUGGAUUAUUUUGAUAAUUUAAAAACGAACUACAUUGGACGCCUAGUCAUAUAUGCGCCAGUUAUAAGUACAAGUAUGAAUAUAGUAAGCGAUUUGGAGUUAACAGACGGUAUAGCUGUUUUGGUGCGCCAACAGACAGAAGGCGUCGGACGCAGCAAUAAUCAGUGGCUAAGUCCCAUGGGUUGCGCGAUGUUUUCAUUGCAAUUACAUUUGUCACUAGACUCACAACUAGGUAAAAGACUGCCUUUAGUGCAACACAUUAUCGGGUUGGCUAUGGUGAACACCUUGAGAGGAAAUCCCACUUAUAAGGAUCUUGACGUUCGUUUAAAAUGGCCAAAUGACAUCUAUGCAAAUGGGACACAAAAGAUAGGUGGUCUUAUUGUGAAGACAACAUUGGCUGGAUCAAAAGUUAUGGCAAAUAUAGGAUGCGGAAUUAAUUUGAAUAACGAAAAACCUACGACUUGUAUUAAUUCCAUGAUUGGGGACUAUAAUACUACGAGUCGUAAGAAUUUACCUUUACUAAAGUAUGAGGAAUUUAUUGCGUUAACAUUUAAUGAGAUUGAAAGACUUCUGGAAAUAGUAAAGUCGGGUGAUUUUGAUUAUUUUUAUGAACUUUAUUACGAGCAUUGGCUACACGACUUACAAAAAAUUAAUAUCUGUGACAAGUCGGGAAAGCAACAAGGGGCAAUUAUUAUUGGUAUUGAUGACAUUGGCUACCUAAAAGUUCGAACAACAGAGGGUGUAAUAGAAACUGUACAACCAGAUGGAAAUAGUUUUGAUAUGCUCCAAGGAUUAAUAGUACCUAAAUUCAAUUAAAUUAAAGGAUUUAAAAGCCGUGUGCGGAAAAUUUGGAAUCCAUAUAUCCACUUUUAAAAUUACUUGUAUUGAAACAUGUUUCAAAUGUAUGUAAUUUAUAAUAUAUGAAAUUAUAUAGAGGAAUUUGUGUAUAAA